UUUAUUUGGUGUACAGUGCAAUUUGAGUUAAUUCAAAUGUUAAGAUAACGCUAACGUUACAUGCUAUCGCUAACGCAGCGGUAGCUUGGAUAGAAAAUGCUAGACCUGGUUAUUGCCAGGUAAUCUAUUGGCCGUAAAGUAACUCGCUCAAAUCGUAAAAACGCUAACAAACCGUUGAUUUUGUGCCAUAGUCAUUUUCACUUAUCACAUUUUCACUUUAACGCCCAGUCAGAUAAACCGCAACAACGGCGGACUCAAUGGCACAGUGUGUACCGGUGGCGGUGUUCAAGCUGGUGUUGGUAGGAGAUGGAGGCACCGGAAAAACGACUUUCGUGAAGAGGCACAUUACAGGGGAGUUUGAGAAGAAAUAUGUUGCUACACUGGGAGUAGAGGUGCACCCACUGAUGUUCCACACAAACAGAGGCGCCAUCAAGUACAAUGUGUGGGACACGGCUGGUCAGGAGAAGUUUGGAGGCCUGAGAGAUGGCUACUAUAUUCAAGCUCAGUGUGCUGUCAUCAUGUUUGAUGUCACCUCUCGAGUCACCUAUAAGAACGUGCCCAACUGGCAUCGUGACCUGGUCCGUGUCUGUGAGAACAUUCCCAUCGUCCUCUGCGGCAAUAAGGUGGACAUUAAAGACAGGAAAGUUAAAGCCAAGAGCAUCGUCUUUCACCGCAAAAAGAAUCUGCAGUACUAUGAUAUUUCUGCCAAGAGUAACUACAACUUUGAAAAGCCUUUCCUGUGGCUAGCAAGGAAGUUGAUUGGCGACCCCAACUUGGAAUUUGUGGCAAUGCCUGCCCUCGCGCCCCCAGAGGUCGUCAUGGACCCAAACCUUGCCGCUAAGUAUGAGGAAGAGCUUCAAGUUGCAUCACAAACAGCACUCCCAGAUGAAGAAGAUGACCUCUAACAUGUUACCUGAGUUUUCCUUCUCUCCCCCAGCUGUGGACAGGAAGUUGCAGGAGUUUUGGCCCCUUUACUGUAAAAUCCCCUUUCAGAUUUGUUUUUCUUAUUUUUGAUUUUUUUUUUUUUGUUUUAAAGCC